AUGAGCUCAAGCGACGCACCAAAAAAGUUAUGGGGUGGCCGAUUCACUGGCGCUGUUGACCCUCUCAUGGACGCAUUCAACGCCUCCAUUCACUUUGACAAGCGCAUGUACGCUGCUGACCUUGUGGGUUCCAUGGCUUAUAGCAAGGCUUUGGCCAAGAACAACAUUAUCACUGAGGAAGAACGUGACACUUUGGUGAAGGGUUUACAACAAGUCAUGGAUGAAUGGCAAGCCAACAAGUUUGAAAUCAAGGCUGGAGACGAGGAUAUCCACACUGCCAACGAGCGUCGUUUGGGUGAAAUCAUUGGUCCUCUUGCUGGCAAAUUGCACACUGGUCGUAGCCGUAAUGAUCAAGUCGCUACCGAUAUGCGUUUGUGGUUGCGUGAUGAAGCUUCUGCUCUCUUGGCUCAUCUUAAGGAACUCAUCGCUGUUACCGUUGCUCGUGCCGAAAAGGAAAUCGAUGCCUUGCUUCCUGGUUAUACUCAUUUACAACGUGCUCAACCUAUUCGCUGGUCUCACUUUUUGCUCUCAUACGCUUGGUUGUGGCAUGCUGAUGCUGAACGUCUUGAACAAUUGAUUGAGCGUCUCAAUGUCCUUCCUCUUGGCUCUGGUGCUCUUGCAGGCCACGCUUUUAACAUUGAUCGCGAAUUCCUUGCCAAGGAACUUGGUUUCCGUGGUAUCAUCAACAACUCUCUCUAUGCUGUCAGUGAUCGUGAUUUCGUCGCCGAAUUCUUGUUCUGGGCCAGUUUGACCAUGGUUCACAUUUCUCGUAUUGCUGAGGAUCUCAUCAUUUACUCUUCCAGCGAGUUUGGUUUCGUCAAGCUUGCUGAUGCUUACAGUACUGGUUCCAGCUUGAUGCCCCAAAAGAAGAACCCUGAUAGUUUGGAAUUAUUGCGUGGCAAGAGUGGCCGUGUCUUUGGUGGUAUGUCUGGUUUCAUGAUGUCGUACAAGGGCAUCCCUAGCACCUACAACAAGGAUCUUCAAGAGGAUAAGGAGCCUAUGUUUGAUGCUGCCGAUACACUCUCUGGAUCCCUUCAAAUUACCGCUGGCGUGUUGAGCACUAUGCAGAUCUUCCCUGAACGUAUGCGUGGCGCUCUUAGUGCUGACAUGUUGGCUACCGAUCUUGCCGAGUACCUCGUCCGCAAGGGUGUUCCUUUCCGUGAAACUCACCACAUUUCUGGUGCUGCUGUCAAGAUGGCUGAGGAUCGUGGUACCUCUUUGGAUACCUUGACUGUUGAAGAUCUCAAGACAUUGCACCCCUCCUUUGCUGAUGAUGUUGCCAAUGUUUGGAGCUACGAGACAAGCAUUGAUAACCGCACUGCUCCCGGUGGUACUAGCAAGCCUGCCGUUCUUGAUCAAAUCCAAAAGCUUCAAGCAUGGCUGGCCCAAGGCAAAAAGCUUUAA